GGGGCGGAGCGUUUCCCGGCGCAAUGUGCGCGCGUCGCAGCUGUCAUGGCGGAGAACGUGUGGAGCGCUGACCCCGGGGAAGCAGUUUAUCGCUCCCGGGACCCUGUGCGCAAUCUGCGCAUCCGAGUCCAUCUGCAAAGAAUCACAUCAAGCAACUUUCUCCAUUACCAGCCUGAAGCCCAGCUGGGGAAGGACCUCAUAGACUUGGCCACUUUUAGGCCUCACCCAACCGCCAGUGGACACCACCCAGGUGAAGAUGAAGAGGAGGAGGUGGUGAUUGGGUGGCAGGAGAAGCUCUUUAGCCAGUUUGAAGUAGAUUUGUACCAAAAUGAAGCAGCAUGUCAGAGUCCUCUGGAUCAUCAGUACCGCCAAGAGAUCCUGAAGCUGGAGGAGUCACAUGGCAGGAAGAACCGCCGGAUCUUUACCUACACCGACUCUGACAGAUACACCAAUUUGGAGGAGCACUGCCAGAAAAUGACCACUGCAGCUGACGAGGUGCCGUCAUUCUUGGUGGAGCGAAUGGCGAAUGUCAGGCGGAGACGCCAGGACAGGCGAGGGAUGGAGGGUAGUAUCUUCAAGUCACGAAUUGUCACCUGGGAACCCUCAGAAGAGUUCGUGAGGAACAACCAUGUCAUCAACACCCCUCUUCAGACAAUGUACAUCAUGGCAGACCUCGGGCCCCACGAAAAGCUUGGUUAUAAGACGUAUGAACAUGUCCUCUGUACGGUGAAGGUGGACAGCAAUGGGGUGAUCACAGUAAAACCUGACUUCACUGGCCUCAAGGGACCCUACAGAAUUGAGACCGAGGGGGAAAAACAGGAACUGUGGAAGUAUACCAUCAACAACGUGUCCUCCCUCGCGCAGCCAGAGGAGGAGGAGCGGGAGCAGCGUGUUUUCAAGGAUCUUUAUAGUCGGCACAAGGAGUACCUCAGCAGCCUCGUGGGCACUGACUUUGAGAUGGCCGUCCCAGGUGCCCUCCGACUCUUUGUAAACGGAGAAGUAGUUUCAGCUCAAGGCUAUGAGUAUGAUAAUCUCUAUGUCCACUUCUUUGUGGAAUUGCCAGCUACUAACUGGUCUAGCCCAGCCUUCCAGCAGCUCUCAGGAAUAACACAGACCUGUGCCACCAAGUCCGUAGGAAUGGACAAGGUGGCUUACUUCUCCUACCCAUUCACAUUUGAGGUCUCCUUCCUCCAUGAGGACGAAUCUGCUGAUGCCCUCCCAGAGUGGCCUGUGCUCUACUGCGAGGUCCUGUCCCUGGACUUCUGGCAGAGGUACCGCGUGGAAGGCUACGGGGCUGUGGUGCUGCCCGCCACCCCAGGCUCACACACUCUGACAGUCGCCACUUGGAGACCCAUGGAGCUGGGCACGGUGGCUGAGCUGCGGAGGUUUUUCAUUGGUGGCUCUCUGGAACUGGAGGACCUCUCCUAUGUGCGGAUUCCUGGGACCUUCAAGGGGGAGCGCCUGAGCCGCUUUGGGCUCCGCACAGAGACCACGGGCAGUGUCACCUUCCGCUUGCACUGUCUGCAGCAGUCCAGGGCCUUCAUGGAGUCGAGUUCCCUCCGGAAAAGGAUGCGGAGUGUGUUGGACCGUCUGGAAGGAUUCAGCCAACAGAGUUCCAUCCACAACGUGCUGGAGGCCUUCCGCCGAGCCCGGCGCCGCAUGCAGGAGGCCCGGGAAAGCCUUCCCCAGGACUUAGUGAGCCCCUCAGAAACCGCGGUCUCCUAGCUCGCUGCAGCCCUGGCCCUCCUGCAAGAGGGCAAGACAGUGAUACCUCAGGUCAGUGUUCUCCCGCCUCCUUCUCACCGGAGACCACAAUAACCUGCCGAGACCCGGAAGAGCGCAGAAAAUCUCAGACCACCCCCUCUGCCUGGUCUUCAGCAGGGUCUUCCUGCCACGUGAAGUACCCCAGCGCCUGUGGCCCCCUCUGGUUCCCUCUUCACAUUUCAGCUACUGCAAGUGGGCAUCACAAGGCCGAUUUGGGGUUUGAGGCCAGUUUGGGGGAACCUCGUCGUUCGAGUGUCCUCAACACAGCCUGUUCUGGAGUAUCGCUCUGUCUCAAUGACGGAAGCAGGGUUGCAGGUACCUGCUGCCCACAGCUUGCAUUGCAAGUGAAGGCUCAGGAAGAAGCAAGCUGAGAGACGGUUUAAACUCCUGGCCUGAGAGUCUCAGCCUCCUCUUUCCAGUAUAAUCUCGCCUAUUGCUCACGGCUCUUUUCAGUGGAGUAAAUAACUAUUUCUGGAGUAAAUAAAGACCGAAGGCAAUGCCCA